AUGGAGAACAAAGAGGAAGAAUUGCUUUCUAUGGCUUAUAAAGUUCAGCGCGUUUUACCGGAACGCCCGUUGCAAGAGAUACUAAUUGACUUGCAAAAAACGCUUAAUGUUGAAGUAACCAUUACUCGAAUUCUUAACGGAACUUUCUUGCAAGGAACCCUAUUGGAUCCUUCUGAAGUACCUCUUUCAGUGGUGCAAAACCUGGUUCCUGAUUAUGGGGUCCCAAAUCCAAAUACCAAUAUUGUUAAUCAGGAAACCGUGCCAAGAUUCGACCUGAAGCAUCCAAACUGCUCCGUCUCUUCUUUGUGCUCAGGGCAAGAUUUUGCUGAUGACAAUGCUAGCAAUUUCAGAUUUUCAUUCCCUUAUUCACCUAUUCCACAAAAGGAACGUGAUCACGAUUCAUUCUUAGAUUUUGAGUAUCGUUUGAAUAAGACAAGUGAUUCCGAAAAAAAUAAUAGUGCAAUAUUAUCCGGGCUUAUGGAUCAAGUAAAUGCCCUUAACACAAUUGAGUGUACAAGUACAAAUGAUCGGGUCAAUGAUAAAAUAGCCGAAUCCGCAAAAGAUGUUCAAAUCAGGAUCGAAUGCACAAAUGCAACUAUUCAAGUUAACGACAUAUCAAAAGAACCCGCAAAGCUCGUUUCAUCGCCCCCGGUAGAUUUUCUUAUUGCUAAGACUAAUGACACAGAAGCAACAUUGAAAACUGCGGAAAAAGAACCCCUGAAAAGAGAAACAAGAGGAAGAAAAAGAAAGAUUCUUGAAGGAUCUGAAGCUAAUACUAACGUCUUAAAAUCGAAAACAGCAGAAAAUGUAGAAAAGCAACGUAAAAAAGAAGAAUUAAGAUUAGAACGGCAAAGAGUCAAGGAAGCGUGUGCAGCGGAAAAAGCAAGAGCCAAAGAAUUGCAAGAAGCAAAUAAGCGUAAAACUGACAAGUUAGAAGCGAUCAAAGAAAUCAUAGUAGACGUGGAGAGUAAAUUAAUGGCACAACCUUUAGGACCUCUAUUGAUUAAUAGAUUUCAAGAAAUGCCAGUGAACGUUAAUAUUAUGCCCACAAAUAUUGCUAAUAUCAUCAGCUGGCGACGCAAAGUCAAGGCAGAAUGGAAAGAAGAAUUCAAUGCUUACAUCCCUGUCCCGGAAUAUAUCAAAGAAGAAAGACAUGUAUUAUACUAUUUGCCGAUUGCUGAAUUAUGCAGCUUGAUCGAAACCAACGCACUACAGUCUCAUCAUAUAACAUUAAAAGAUAAUUUUCCUGACAAGCAGAUAAUUUAUUUAAUUGAAGGGCAUGAAGAAUAUUGCCGAAAAAAGAAAACGCAACAAAAUCGUAUAUUCAAUGAAGCUGUGCGUUUGGGAAUCGAAGGCGGCCCCGCUACUGCUAAAAAGAAUAAAAACAAAACAGAUGAACACGGUCCAAAUGAAGAUAAAGUUGAAGAUGAGCUCAUUUGGUUACAGGUGGAUGCCGAAUGCUUGAUCAUUCACGCUAAAAAUUUGGAAGAAUCAAGUAAGAAGAUUUUCAUACUCACUGGCGAUAUCGCAAAAAUCCCAUACAAAAAUGAAGGUUUGAAUUUCUGUGUCGAAAACGCGAUUCGAUCUGGAGUCGAUGAUACUGAUACUUGGCAGCGAACGCUUCAAGCAAUCCCAUCAGUGACUGAGCCCAUAGCUUCAGCUAUUGUACGUAAAUAUCCAACGAUCAGAUCUUUUUAUUCAGCCUAUUUUAAAUGCCACACAAUCGAAGAAGAAGAAUUACUACUUUCAAAGAUAGAGAUUGCAAGUUCAGGAUUGGGUCAUUCCAGUCGUUUUAUCAACAAACCUCUUUCAAAGAAAAUUUACGAUAUAUUCAUGGAACAAGAUCCAGAUGCCUUAAUCCAAAAUUAA